CCUCCUCAAAGCGAUUAUCCUCCGGGAGGACCGCGUGGAGGAGGGGGUCCUCCGCCUCCUAUCCCACCGAUUGAUCCAGAAUUAGAGCGAAGACCUCCGCCCCCAAGUCAUACCAAUUAUGGCAUAAAGCCUAACAUUUCUGGCGAUUAUGACAGAAGAGCUGAGUUCACAGGUGAAGGCGGACCUGCGGGUGGCGGUGGCGGUGCACCUCUCCCUCCAAGUGAUCGCAAAGAUUACUAUAGAGACACUCUCGAAGACAACUACAAAGCAUCGCCCACAGAUGGAUAUACACCUCCGCCACCAGCUCUGCCUCCGUCCCGCCAUUAUACCCCACCGCCAGCGCCGGCCCCACAACCGCCUCCAAGUUAUUCUAGACCCGCACUGACUGGUGGAGGGGGUCCACCACCACCUCAAAGGCCUCCGGCGCAGAGUUCGGUCGCAAACUUCGCUCCUUAUGGUGUGGACGAAGACGGAGAGCCCUUGACUAAGGAGGAGAUGAAGGAAAGACAAUAUCAGGAGCGUUUGAAAAAUCUGUUCCACGGCGUCAACUCCAUCGACGAUCUCAUCACUAUCAAAGAGCAGUACAACGCGAAGGAGUCCUCUUUGAAGAGUAUUCUGGAGAAGACGGCUGUAAGAGAGGGCGAUAUCCAGAGGAAUAGGAACCGAAACCGAGCCAAUUGUAAGGAUCCGGAACUCCUGGAGAUGAAGAAACUGUCGGAAGACGUGAAACAGAGACUCGAAGAAGUCUGCAAAUUUAAAGUGGAAAUCGACAAAAGGAUUCGCGCCUACAAUAAGGCUAUAAAGGAGGCGAUGGCUAACGACGAGCCAGACGUGAAAGAAGGCAACAGUAAAGUGGGUGAAAGUGUUGAUAAGCCGAGCAAUUAUGAGGCACAGCUCCUCCAGAACUCAUUGAUCACAACUACUGUUGAAGAAGAGGAGAGCGAAGAAGACGAGUUCGAGUACGAGAACUCCACCCGAGAGUACUUCGACGCCGGCUCUCAUUGGUGUAGAGAUUGUGAUAAAAUGGUGCCUAAAAUAGAGCCUUAUUUUGAGCACUUGCACUCUCAGAAGCACUGGGAGUCCGCUACCAAUGAACUAAAGCCGUGGAGGAAAGUGAAGAGACCUAACAUUUCGAAAAUCUGUAAGCCUUCAGACCCGAUGGGCCCCAAGAAGUCAAUUGCUCCGAAGAUGAAGACUCCGUUGAAAGGGGCUCAGUUUCUCAUCCCAUUGAAGGGCUUUUAUUGUCCUCUUUGUAGUCAAUACUUAGCCGAUGAUCUCAUGGCUGAGGAGCAUCUGAAGUCAGCCAAACAUAAUCGGAUUUAU